UAAAUCAAUAAAAACUAAAGUCCUAAAACACUUAAAUGGGAAUAGAUUAAUAAAAUAUCCUUCAGAUUUUAGCGUAUUUUAUGCAUACACGAUUUUUUAAAAAAUGUUAGAAGUUAAAUGGGUAAUAACAGCUAUUUACAGCAGUCAGAUUGGUUUCAAUAUAUCACAAUAUUGCAAUAUAACAUAAAACAAUUUUGUCACAUAAAUCGGUAGAAAGAUUAUUAAUGUCAACUAAGAAGAGAUAUUUCACUAGUUAAAUCAAGAUUAUGGUCAAAUUCAAGGUAUUUAUUUUUUACAGUGUAGUCUGAAUAAUUAGUAUUAAGUAAACAGUGGACAUGUGUUUGGUAAUUGGUUGCUAUGUUACACCUCAAGACAACAAACCGGAUCUGCUGACCACUAGGCUUCCUUUUAAAGUUAAAGUUACUUCUGUCUAUGUUAGCCGAAAUUUUAUACUUUUUACGAAAAGUCUCCAAUAUGUCGUCCGCUGCCCCCGUGCGUAAGAUCCACUUCGGGAGCACGCAGGAGAGAAGGUUUGUGCCGUUCAGUUAUCCCCCAAACCGACUGGGAAACGAGUACGCGCGGCACACUGCGCCCAACGUGGGACCGGGCAGCUACGAGAACCACCAGUAUGGCUCUAUCGUGUAUGACCUAGAAAAAACUCCCAUGAGUCAAAAAGGCUAUGGACUCUCAGCCAGGACUGCAAAGCGCUUUCCAACUGUCAGCAAGAGCGUGUCUCCCUCCCCUCAGCAGUACCAGCCGAAUCAGGCCUUGUCCCGAAUCAUCCCUCCUGGAAAUGCGCCGUUUAACUCCACAGCCCAGAGGUUUAAAAUGGGGCCGGGCUCUGCAGAACAGAACCCCGGCCCUGGCACUUACAGUGUACAUGGCACAGAGGCGCACAGGAGGGUGAGAUGGCCCAUGUGCUUCGGGAGUCCAGACUGGAACAGACUGCCUCAGCUGGACAAGACGUCACUCAGGGUCAAGAUGCCCACAGAAAAGGAGUUUCUGAAGCAGAGGGGCCGACUGGCCUACCUCAGUCUGUACUAUUGACACUGUAACAUAAAGUUUU